GUAAAGUGUUUUACCAUGAUUACACUUUUAACAUUUCUUCUCCCGAUUUUGCUUCAUGAAUGCAAUGUCAUUGGAAACGUCACUGCAGCAUCAAAUAAUAAAACAUGUUGGACCGAAUGCACAAAAACAUGUGGUGGUGGAAUGCAAGUCACUUGUCUAAAUAACACGACAAUAACGAGAGCCUGCAAUACGAGGCGCUGUCCAGGGGAUCCCGAGUGGACGAAGUGCACUUUAUCUUGUGGCGGAGGGAUACAGAAGAACAUUGACAAUAGCAGUAUUCUGCGAACGUGUAAUACUAUGCCUUGUCCAGGAGAUGCGGGGUGUUUAUCUGCUUACCUUAGCUUCGAACACGUUUACGAUCACAUUGUCUACGACGAGUCACAUAAUGGAAACGCUGGAACAAUGCAUGGAUGCGCGCGCAUCGUAAGCAAUGGUAAAUUUGGCAAAGGAUUGCAACUGAGCGAAGAUGGAAAUGUAACAUUUGAUGUAGAAAAAUUUAGCAAUCGACCAACAGAUGCAAUUACUAUAUCUUUGUGGCUUAAUUUAUCACAAGUCAAUGGUUCACACGAGCUUUUUUUCACUUGCGGCACUCCUGAGCUCUAUAAUAUGGGUGAUUAUCAUUUUGCAAUCGAAGAUGGGAAAGUCCAUUGGCUUGAGGAACUUCCUGGAGGUGGAACGCGUUUUAAUGUUUCUUCAAAUACUACAAUAAAAAGCAGUACGUGGUACCACAUCACAGGGACCUACAGACAAAGCACAGGGAGGGCACGACUUUACAUUAAUGGACUCCUGUCAAAUGAAGUGCUACCUUCGAUGACUCCAAAACGGUCAGCAGUACCUAAGCCCAAUAAUACCACGCAUGCGCAAUGGAAGUGUGCCAAUUUAGGCAGUUCACCGAAAGAGAAGCCUUUACAAGGCAUUAUAGAUGAAUUUCGGAUCUUUAAAUGCGAGCUCUUACCACAAGAAAUUAUGGAUUUGUACAAUAAGAAUACUGUCAAGAAAUUUCGAAUUCCAGCACUAAAAUCAAAUUCGUUAAUGAGACGACCCCAAUGGCGAAAAGACUUUUCUGAAUCUCUUUCCUUAAAAAAAUAAUGAUCUCUAUGCAUGGAAAGUUUAUAAAACUUCGAUCACUGAACAGUUGUAUCGCCUAUUGCUGUACCAGCUGCUUUCAUUUUUCGGAUAUAUUCUUCUAAAGUUUACAGAGGAUGAAAUUUGAAGUAGAUUAUUUAUUCCAACGUGUUUUGUGUCACUAUGAGGAAGGAGUGGGAAUAUGCUAAAAUAAGGAACACCGGACAAUGGAACACGCCGGGACACCGCGGACUAAAAGUAACGAUAAUAGUGAAAUAAAAAGAAUUAAUAUAUAUUAUAUAUUAUAAAAAAGAAUUGAAAAGAAUGAAAUUAUGUGUGGUUCGUGCCCUUGCUCCACGUGGCAAGUCCGCCGUCAAGUUUUCCGUUCACCAAUAACCUCGUUGUAGGUGCCAGGAGGACUGGUGCUGUCGAUGCGUUGCUCUAUUUCAGUAGCGUAAAUAACUUAAACACGAGGAAAAGCUCUCAGCUUUAGGAGCGAGUUAUAGAUAAGCGCACAAAUUAAGAUAUGGCAUUGAGCUAUCGGAGCUAAGAAAACACUCACGCAAUAAGGAAGCUUCCCGUCUGAAACACAGACAGAGCAGUAAAAAGAUAGAUUUCUUGUUUGCGAACACAAGAAAUAUUAUCAAAGCUUGAAGUGAUAGCAGUAGACUUUGCAAUGGACACUUAUAUAACCUUGCCUUUCUUACUGUUUAAGAAAACCGCAGAGCAUCUGUGGCGAUGUUAUCAGUCAGUCGAAAAUCAAGAUGGCGGGCACUACUCUGACUGAGAGCGUAAACAAUUCCUAAUUGAUUUUUUUUUCAUUUUAUUACUUUUAAUGUUUCGCGGUGUUCCAGAAUGUUCCCGUGUUGAAAGAUAUUCCGGUGCUUUGACGCGUUCCAGCCUUCCGGUUUGUUACUGUGUUCCGGUAUGUUCCAGUGUUCCAGCAUGUUGCGGUGUUCCGGCAUGUUACGGUGUUCCGGAGCGUUCCAGUGUUCCAACAUUUUACUUUUAAUCCAUCCAAUAUCUCAUUAGCUGAAGUUGUUUGGACAAGUCUCUUGACUCUCAUUAUUUCAAAAUGAUUGCAUGACAUAUUCCUAUCUGCCGAUGAACACCGCAACGUAACGCCGAUGAACGCUCCGGUUAAUAAAAGUUCGGUAGUGAAAGAAAUGGCAUCCAUCUUGCUCAAUCUGAAUAUUAGCCAACACUAAACAAGUUAAAUUCUUCGCCACGUGGUAAGAAAUUUUCCACGAAAAAGAUAGCACAUGCCUGUUUUUCUGUAUGAGCUUGGACUCACUCCUUCGUUAAAUUUUUUUUAUGCCCAACACCGAACAUGUCGCAAUGUCUAAGUCGAUUUUCUAAUCUUGUCCUCAAGAGGAACCACGAGGGAUUCCUCAAAGACAAAAGACUGAAGUACGUUCAAGACCAGUAUUAAUUUCUCAUCAUCAAGGCCUUUUUCGCCACCGGCGCAAUUAGAGCAGAUGAUGAUCUCCAUAGGAGAAACCUUCCUCGCUUCUCUAACAUUUCUUGUUAAAAGGCAGGCCCCCUUUAGAAAACUACCAUGAAAUUAGUGCUGCAAAGAAAAAUUAACUGAACAUUCUUUGUGUUAAAAUGAUAUGCACAACAGGCAGUAUGGGUUGUGAAGAGUAAACAAAAACCAUGCAUAGUCGCCUGAAAUUUGAAAUACUGAAUGCACAAGCUCUCAUUGAAGGUAUCUGUUUUCGUUUCGUGUAAAUUCUUUUUGUAAACUAUAAAAUUGAAAAGUAGCUUUGUAGACUUAACAAAUUUAAUGGAACACGUGUCUUUCAACACCACCGGGACAUAACUGAUAAAGCUCUUACGUUGAAAGCCUUAUCAAGCUUGUCCAUCAGUCAUCAGUGCUGAAGAGAAUACGACGAAAGAAAUUUGUUAUGAAAACAAGUGAUAAAAGUAAAUUUCCUUAUUAAUUUCACACAAUGAAAAUUUUAUUGGAAAAGUUAGCCAAAGAGAUCUAUUAAAACAAAACGCGUUGAGUGAG